GUCUCGUCCUCUCGUCGUUCCGCUCGUUUUCCAAGUCGUCGAGCAACACCGUCAGUGAUCGGAAGUGAACGAUGCGUCAGACCGACGACGGAACGCACCGUGUCAGUUAACGGUUCCUGUACGUCUCCUCGAUCGCUGUCUCUCGUUCUUUUCUCUCGCUCUUCUCGCCGCGACGCGACGUAAAGCGCGAAGCGUUUCGUUCUCUCUUUCUGGACCAGCGUUUUCUCUUCGCCCUCGCGAUCCGAUGCGCGCUGCUGGAUACGAAGAAGCAGCACGCACGGGGAGAAACGAAGGGUGCGCGAGCGAGCGAGACGGAUGCUGCUAGAGCGACAGAUAUCGAGGAACGAACGAAGAGCGAAAGCGUAAACGAAAAGUGUUCGGACCGACGAAGGACACGCCGUGAGAGAAGUCGAGAGAGAAAGAAAGAAAGAGCGCGUAAAGAACGGUAGAAAGGAGAGUGUGGGCUGUCGGAACAGAAUAGUUGGUUCGAAAACAGAUUUUUCAGAGUGGUCGAGAAAGAGGAACAGAGGAAGAGAGAGAAAGAGAGCGAGAGAGAGAGAGCAGCCAUUUUGAUAGGUGGCUGUGCGUUGUACGCUGCUGCCGCUACUGACUGCGCUGCUGUUGCUGGCUGUUGGCGUCGCUGAUCAUCGGUGUUCGCGUCACAGUGCUCGUUUUUGGUAGUGUCCGUGUUGGUUCCUCGUGGUGGAUCGGUCUCGUGUCGGUGUCCGUUGGUGUUGGUGCGACGGAGCGAUACGCCUGGACAAAGAGGGCCGAGAACUCGGUGUGCCCGAGUGCCGCCGUGCCCACUGUCCGCGGCCCACGGGGUUGUCUUUCUUUUUUCCUCGUUCUUUUCCCUUUUUCUUUUCUCGUUUUCGGUGAGUAGCGGAUAUACGAAAGAACGAAAGCGAAGGAGAAGCAGGAGGGAGAAGGAGACUUAGAGAGGGAGACAAAGAGAAUAGAAGAUCAGUGGAGAAGAGAGGAGAGGAAGCAUCGUCGGGUGCGUGUUGUGCGGGAGUGCACCGCUCUCCGGGGGCAUGGGGCUCGGGAGGGGGAUCCGCCCCCUCUCGUAACCGCCGCCAAGCGCCAAGAUUUCCCGCACCGAGUUCAUCGAGAAAUGGGGGCUGACCCCUGUCCUCAAACCGAGGCAGGACCUACGCCCCCACCGGAAUGGUGCGGAGGAACACGGCGACACGAGAUCGCUGCCGAAACUCAGCAGCCAGGACGAGGAUGGGCCGAACCCCCACACCCAAUACUCAGGCGUCACUCACUUCGAGCCCAUUCCGCACGAUCAUGACUUUUGCGAGAGGGUCGUCAUUAACGGAGGACGAAGGAUUCAUCAAGGAAGAGGAAAAGCCGCUGCCGUCGCACGAGUUCCAAAGGAAGGUCUGGCUGUUGUUCGAGUACCCGGAGAGUUCACAGGGUGCCCGCGUGGUCGCCAUAAUAUCCGUGGUCGUGAUCCUCCUGUCGAUCGUGAUAUUCUGCCUGGAAACGUUGCCCGAGUUCAAACAUUACAAGGUGUUCAAUACGACGACGAACGGCACGAAGAUCGAGGAGGACGAAGUGCCGGAUAUCACGGACCCGUUCUUCCUAAUAGAGACUAUUUGUAUCAUCUGGUUCACGUUCGAGUUAUCGGUGCGCUUCCUCGCCUGUCCAAAUAAACUGAACUUCUUCCGUGACGUAAUGAACUUCAUCGACAUCAUCGCGAUCAUUCCUUACUUCAUCACCCUGGCCACCGUGGUGGCCGAGGAGGAGGAGACACUCGAUCUACCGAAGGCGCCGGUAAGCCCGCAGGACAAGAGCACGAACCAGGCGAUGUCCCUGGCGAUACUCAGGGUCAUCAGGCUUGUCAGAGUGUUCCGAAUAUUCAAGCUGUCCAGGCACAGUAAAGGCCUUCAGAUCCUCGGCCGUACCCUCAAGGCCUCCAUGAGGGAACUCGGCUUGCUCAUCUUUUUCCUCUUCAUCGGUGUGGUGCUAUUCUCGUCGGCGGUAUACUUCGCGGAGGCCGGCUCCGAGAAUUCGUUCUUCAAGUCCAUUCCGGACGCGUUCUGGUGGGCCGUUGUCACGAUGACGACCGUGGGCUAUGGUGACAUGACGCCCGUUGGAGUCUGGGGGAAGAUCGUCGGUUCUUUAUGCGCGAUCGCUGGUGUGCUGACGAUCGCUCUGCCUGUUCCCGUCAUCGUCUCCAACUUCAACUACUUCUAUCAUCGUGAGACUGACCAGGAAGAGAUGCAGUCGCAGAACUUUAAUCACGUGACCAGCUGCCCGUAUCUCCCUGGCACUUUAGGUCAGCACGUGAAGAAGAGUCCGAUGUCGGAAUCAUCGUCCGACAUAAUGGAGCUGGAAGAAGGCAUACUGCUGCCUCAUCCUGAGAUUACGAAGAAGCCCAACUGCAACCCUCGCCAUAAUAACAAUAUUAAUCCAGCCUGUAUGAGCAUCGAGACUGACGUCUGACUACUAGUGAAGGAGACGAUGGCAACGUGGUGGCCAGUGGUGGGACGGUUGUCGAAGAACGGCUACAGUUCCCUUCGGUGCCUGACGUAGGCCUCCUUCACGCGUCGUCGUAGUCGUGCUAGCUGCGGAUCGCUAGCGACUAGCGCGUGUACGCGUGCGCACUGGCCGUUUGGUUGCGGAUAGCACGCGACUGCGCAUGCGCGCUCGCGCGCCCCGUCUGUCCAAUAGUCUGUCAAUACGAGGGGUGCUUCCAAUCCAUUAUUACGCGUCAACGAGAAACGAAAGCGAGGAAACGAGAAACGAGAGAUAGAGUAACGCAGAAAUUCAACGACCAAGAAUCGGCUGACUUAAAAUGGGUGCCACAUUAUUUCUUCCAACGCGACGAGCAACCGAGUUAAAAUUCUCGGCCGGAAUAGUCGAAGAACGUCACAGAAAGAAAGAAAUAAGGGGAGCGAUCGCGUGGGCAGGUGUCGAGAAGCGACGUUAAACGAUUAAACGCGUAACAAUAAGAGUAAGAUAUAAGGAUUAAGAAAAACGGUAAUAAAAUGUGAGAAGAGGUGGCGGAUUUCAGUUUCGACGCGAAACGAAAUCGAGACACAAGACAGCCGCUUCGGAGGUGUUAACGAUAAACACGCGCACCCCACGUAGGGACCUACGUGCUAAUUACGGGGGAUGGUGUUGGAUAAACCUCUACUUGUCGCCCGACCAUCCCCCACACCACCGACUCCAGUGUUCAAUACAAAUGAUAUAACAAAUAAAAGUUAAAAAAGUAACAAGUAAACGAUAUUAAAAAAAAAAAAA